AUGUACGACAUGGUAUUCAAGGCUUCUAUUCCAGAAACAGUCCUGCCGUCAUCAAGCCAGGUGUAUCGCAGUGCUGAUAGAUGGUACGCCGCUUCGGCAGCUAUGCACAUGACACAGUUGCUUUUCCAGCAUAACGAUAUUGUUGACUCAGAGGACGAAUGCCGAAACAAGUAUGUUUCACGAUACUUGUUUCAUUCACUCGCAAAGAAGGGUCAUCUAUCUCCUUUUGGUUUUCUUGAGGAUAACUGGUCAGCCCAGUCCCAGUCUUUGGAAUUAUCGUGCUCAAUGCCAUAUGGAUUUGACUCCUUUCGACUUUGGUGCGACGAGCUGAGGCCCCAUAAUGUUCUUUUGGACAAGCACGACAAUAUCGCGGCAGCUCUUGACUGGGAAUUCGCAUAUUUCGCCCCUACGCAAUUCAGCCUCGAUCCACCUUGGUGGUUGUUGCUACAGCCUCCAGAGCUUUGGACGUCUGGAAUCGAUGAUUGGUCCCAAGUCUAUGAAGCCAGACUCAGGACCUGGCUGCUUGCAAUGGAAGAUCAGGAACGGGGAGAUGAAAUCAACUUCCCUGCACACCUUUCAACAUAUAUGCGGGAGAGCUGGUUGAGUGGUCGCUUCUGGCUUACCUAUGCUACGAGAAAGAGUUGGGCAUUCGAUACAAUAUUCUGGAAGUACUUGGAUGAGAGGUUCUUUGGGCCAAGAGAUGAGGGCAUGCAAGAAUCUCAGUUUUGGAGGGCAAGGGUUCAUCUUCUAGGGGAAGAGGCACAAAGAGUUAUGGAAAUGGUCGUGGAAAGAAAGAUGAAUGACGCAGAAGAGAGAGUCCUAGCUGAUUGGGAUCCGGAUACAGCGAACCAACUUCUCCAAGAGGCAUUGGGAGAUUAA